AUGAUUGAGCGAUUAUUGCAGUUGUAUGCUUCCACAUCUGCUCUUGUUGAGCUUUUCCAACAGACACUUGAUAUUGUUCGGAUUUUAGAGACAGUAUCAUGGCACAGCGAGAUUGAGAGUGUGUUGGGUGAACUGUCGAAUAGAUUAGAACGCCAGAUCAAGUUCUGCAAGGACAAGCGAGUCAAGACACCCCUCCGAAUGCAGAUGCAUCGUCCCAUACCCAUUGCUCAGCACCUUCCCAAGUUUGAAAAGGGCUACUCUAUGGAUCGCCACUAUGAUCCUGAUCAUGAGCGUGCACAGGCCAACAAGCUUGCAGCCCAGCACAAGAAGGAGAAGAAGGGAGCCCUGCGUGAGUUGCGCAAGGAUAACAUGUUCUUGGCCAGAGAAAAGGCCAAGGUCAGAAAGCAAAAGGACGAAGAUUACAACAAGAUGAUCAAGGGAGUCAUGACUGUACUAGAAGGCGAACAAGGCGAACAGAAUCGUCUGGAUCGCGAAAACAAGAAAUAA